AUGUUGGGUUGGUUAGGCGUUGGUUGCUUGCUGUGGCUGGCUGGAUGAUUGCUCCUACCCCACUCUCUCACCUCCGCCUCUUGUCAGCAGAACAGCUCUGGCGCCUCUUCCAGCGGGAACUCGGGAGGGCCGUAUUUCCUGUGGUGGUCCGCUCCACUUAGGUUUGUCCACACCAACUGGAUGAUGUCCUCUCUCCCCUUCUUCCCAUCCAGUGUUUUUUUUGUCCUGCGGAGGCUGCAGUCUCGGACCUUAUUCGAACACUUUUGUCCAUCGACACGACGGUAACAGCAUAAAUCGGCAGCGGAAGGACAACUACAGCACAGAAUGCCGGACUUUAUGGGUGAACGCGUUCAACUGACCAGCUGCCGCCGG